GUGUGUUUUGACAGCGACUGGAACAGGUUUUUUUGCCCCGGGUGAAGGUGCAGUGCUCCCGCCUGCAGCUCCUCCGCUCACUCUCAGCCGGCGGAGCAAACAGCAUGGACUCAUAGUGCAGAAACUCCUUCAAACAACUUCAACAACACGGAGGACCAAACGGCUGCCUGAUGGACCCGGAGGUUUAAUCGGAAGGGAUUUUAAUGCAGCUGUAACAGAGACACAACAAUCAUGCCUUCACACCGCAGGGGAAGGAGUCUCUCCGACGCCCUGACUCUGGAGCAGUCGGAGGAGGGAGGGCUCAUUGUUUCCAGCAUUAACGACAGCGCCUCAGCCAAUCAGGGGCUGAGGAAAGGGGAUGAGCUUUUGGGAGGCACAAUCAAUUUCGAUCAGUUAUCAAAAACGGAGGUGUUAGAAGUGUUGGAGCUGAUGAAGCCGUACGAUAAGUUCCAAGUACUCACCAGGAACAACAUGAGCAAGAGCGUCGGAAACCUGGACGAGAUAACAAAGAGUCCUGAGACGAUGUUGAAUGAUUCUUACAACAAACUCUACAAUAACAAAAUCAAGAAGUUCAUGAAAAGUGAGGAGGAGCUAAGCACCAAGCCAACUGAUCCAGGUUCGUCUAAGGUGGGGUUGCCUCGCCUUGGAGUUGACUUUGGACUUAUGAAACCCAAGCCUCUGAUCACAGACAUUGAUGAUGAUUCAGAAUCUGAUGAAGGUGGAGAACUAACAUACAACAGCAAUCUGAACCUUCCACCGCUGGGUUUUGGAUCCAAUGGGACAACUAUAAGUGGAGCUCAGGUACCAAGACUGAAAGUUGAUGCUAGAGGUCCACAGUUUAACGCUCAAGGCUUCAAUGUGUCUGGAUCAUUACCAGAGGGACAAAAUCCUACAGCUGGUAUACAACUUCCAAGAAAUGGACAUUUUAGAUCUCCAGAAAUGGGAAUGGACUUAAAGGGUUUAGAUGCUAGUGCCCCUGACAUAGGGACUAACCAUAGAGGGGGAACAAUGACAGGUCCAUCCCUUGACUUUGAUGCUCCCAAAGUGGGCUUUGAAGGACCAAACAGAAUGCCAAAAUUCAAACUGCCAGACCUGGGGCUAUCUGGACCCUCUUUUAGUAGUUCGGAAGGUGAGGUCAACACACCAGAUAUAGGAACCUCAGGUAAGCUUGGACUCAGGUAUUCCAAGAGACACAAAUACCCAGAUCUAAAUGUGGACAAUCCUUCUGGUUAUCUAGAGUCACCCAAGCUGAGGCUGUCUGGAAGACCUACUGACUUAGACCUAGAAAUGCCAGGUGUAGAUGCGUCACAACUUGAUGUACAUGGGCCAGACAUUGACAUGCCUUCAGGUAAAGUCAAAGUUCCAUUUAAGAAACCAAAGAUGAGUCUGAGAUCUUCAGAUUUGGAUGUGGAUGACCCCUCAGGCAAGUUUAACAAGCCAAGAUCUAAGGUCUUUGGGACAUUGCCAAAGCAUACAGAUGUGGAUCUGAAUGCAGGGAUGAAAACACCCGAACUAGCUCUGAGAUCACCAAAGCUAAAAGACAUCAAUGCACCGGAUGUGCGAGGUCCAAAAAUGGAUCUUAGAGCUCCAAAUUUGGACCUCGACUCUCCAGAUUUUGACAUUGGCUCCCCCAAGGGGAAAUUCUCAAUGCCAAAGUUUAACAUGCCCAGCUUAGACUUUUCAGGUCCAAAAGGAGGAAUUGAUGCAUCUCUGGACAGACCAGACCUGCCAUCAGGUAAUCUUGAUCUAAAUGUGUCUAAGCCAGACUUCGACAUUGAUGCACCUUCACUUGAUCUGAAAGGUCCAAGGUCAAAUCUAAAAAUGCCUGAUAUUGGAGGUCCAAGUUUUAAUAUGCCAGAUUUUGGAUUGUCAGGACCAAAGCUAAAAGGGCCUGAUGGUAAACUAAGGACUCCUGACUUUGAUCUCACAGCCCCUAAAUGUAAGGGCGCUAUUGGCUCUCCAGAUUUUAAUUUGCCCAAGAUGGACCUUAAUAAACCCAAACUAGACCUUAACACCCCGAAACUGAACUUAGACAUGCCAUCAGGUAAACUGAAAAUGCCAGAGCUUCAUGCUCCAGACUGGGAUGUAAAUGCUCCCUCAGGCAAAAUGAAAAUGCCUAAAUUCAAUCUUUCAGGUACACUACCAAAGGGACCAAAUCUGGACAUUGACACUGAUCUGAAUGCUCCAAAGAUGAAGGGUGGAUUUGAUGCUCCUGACUUGAACUUACCAAAAAUGAACCUUAAAGCUCCUAGGUUAGAUGUAAAUACGCCAGAUGUAAACAUUGGUUCACCCAAAGCAAAAUUUAAAAUGCCCAAAUUCAAAAUGCCCAAAUUUGGUAAACCAAGCCUCAAAGGACCUGAGAUUGGCGGACACUUUGAUGGCCCAGAUCUUGAUGUUAAUGUACCCAAUGUCAACCUCAAAGGUCCUAAAGCUGACAUGGAAAUGCCAGAUCUUGAUAUAUCUGGUCCAUCUGGAAAAUUCAAAAAGCCACAUUUUAACAUGCCAAAUGUUGGGCUUUCUGGUCCAAAGUUGGAUGGCCCUAACCUGGGCCUGAACACACCUGAUCUUGAUAUAUCUGGUCCUAACUUCAGUGGAGGUUUAAAUGCACCAGACAUGAACAUGCCCAAGAUUGACUUCAACACCCCAAAACUGAACAUGCCAUCAGGUAAACUGAAAAUGCCAGAGCUAAAUUCUCCAGACUGGGACAUUAAUGCUCCCUCCGGCAAAAUGAAAAUGCCUAAAUUCGACCUUUCAGGCAAAUUACCAAAAGGACCAAAUAUGGACUUUAAAGCUCCCAAAAUAGACAUGAACACUCCAGAUAUCAACAUUGGUUCACCUAAAGCAAAGCUGAAAAUGCCCAAAUUAAAAAUGCCUAAAAUGAAUCUACCAAGCCUAAAAGGACCUGAUAUUGAUGGAAACUUUGAUGGCCCAGACAUUGAUAUCAAUGCACCAGAUGUCAACCUAAAAGCGCCCAAAACUGACUUUGAAAUGCCGGAUGUUGGUUUUGGGAGCCCAUCUGGACAUUUCAGAAAGCCAAAUUUGAAAAUGCCCGAUGUGGGAUUUUCCAGUCGAGAGUUUGAUGGCCCAGACUUCGACUUUGAAUCACCAGAUCUUAAUGCCAGAUUACCAAAGGUUCCAAAUUUGAACAUAAAUUCGGGCCUAAAAACUCCAGAUCUUAAUCUCAAAUCUCCAAAAUUGAAAGGUGGAAUCAAUGUUCCCAAAUUCGGAUUGCCAAACAUGGACCUUAAGGCUCCAAAGUUUGAUAUGGACACUCCAGAUCUCAACAUUGGUUUACCUGAUGCAAAGUUCAAAACGCCCCAAAUCAAGGUGCCAAAGGGCCCCAAUGUUGACAUAAACGGAAGCAUACCUGACCUGAAUAUCCCAAAUGUAGAUGUCAGCGGUCCAAAUGGAACAUUUAAAAUGCCAAGUUUAAACACACCAGACAUUAAUCUUUCAGGACCUAAACUGAAAGGCCCUGGUAUUAAUAUGCCAGACUUAAAUCUGCCUGAUACCAGUUUUAAUGCAAUGCGUCCUGAUCUAGGAAUAGAUGGUAACAUAGGCCGACCUGACAUGAACUUCAAUGCCCCGAAUUUCAAAGGAAGACUAAGUGGCCCAGACGUUGACAUGAACAUGCCCUCAGGAAACAUCCAGGGUCCUCAGACUGAUUUUGAUAUGGAAGGCAGAAAAUUCAAACUUCCUUCUUUCAAGCUGCCUCAGUUUGGAGGUCCAGAUCUUAACAGGGAAGGGUGCGAUAUUGACUUUGAUGCAUCUCUGAGAUCCCCCCUGAAUACAAAAAUGAACAUGAAACCACAACAGUUGAUUGGGGAUUUCACAGGCCCAAAUGUUAGCUCCCCAAACAUGCCGAAAGUGGCAAUGCGGAAUCCCCAAAUGCAUCUCAAAUCUCCAGAUUUUAACAUGGAUGAUCCUUCGCUAAACUUCGGAGGACCUUCUAAUAUGAAUCUCAGAUCAGAUAUCCCAGACAUGAGAAUGCCUGCACUGGAUAUAGAUGGAGAUGUCAGACUUCAUCACAAUGAUAGACAGCUUCCAAGGAACCAAGUUAGGUCCAGCUUCCCUAUGGUGGACGCUGGUUUUAACCCCCAGUUUGAUUACAAUCGUUCAGAUCUCAACAUUGAUGAUUUCACGGGAAAAGAUCAUGUACUUAGAGCCAGAGGUUUGAGAUUGGACGGCCAGACACAAGGCAACCAUGGACAGGCAAUGUUCCCGUCAGGUAUUAAUCUUGACAUGAGGGACCCCAGACAAACCAGCAGAGUUCCUUCUGGUGACAUUCAAAGGCCUAGAUCAAUGCAGCAGGUACCUAACGCACAUAUGCAACAGUUCUCUCAGGAUCCAAGGUCAAUGCAACAGAUACCUAACGCACAUAUGCCACAGUUCUCUCAGGAUCCAAGGUCAAUGCAACAGUUACCUAACGCACGUAUGCCACAGUUCUCUCAGGAUCCAAGGUCAAUGCAACAGUUACCUAACGCACGUAUGCCACAGUUCUCUCAGGAUCCAAGGUCAAUGCAACAGUUACCUAACGCACGUAUGCCACAGUUCUCUCAGGAUCCAAGGUCAAUGCAACAGGUAGCUAAUGCACGUAUGCCACAGUUCUCUCAGGACCCAAGAUCAAUGCAACAGUUAGCUAAUGCACGUAUGCCACAGUUCUCUCAGGACCCAAGAUCAAUGCAACAGGUAGCUAAUGCACGUAUGCCACAGUUCUCUCAGGACCCAAGAUCAAUGCAACAGUUAGCUAAUGUACGCUUGCAAAAUCUCUCUCAAGAUCCAAGAUUAAUGCAGCAGGUACCUAACGCACGUUUGUCACAGUUCACUCAAAAUCCAAGAUCCAUGCAGCAGGUACCUAACGCACGUUUGCAAAAUGUCUCUCAGGAUCAAAGAUCAAUGCAGCAGGUACCUAACGCACGUUUGCAAAACGUCUAUCAGGACCAAAGAUCAAUGCAGCAACUACAUCACACACGUAUGCCACAGUUCUCUCCAGAUCAGAGAAUAAGAGUACCUGACGGUUCAGACGGAUACUACGUCACUAGUUUCCCGAACCAACCACAAAAUCAAAGAAUGCCAAAUCGCAAAUAUAACACUCUCGGGGGGCCUAACUUUCGUCCACGAAACGUAGACCUAGAAGUUCUCGGACAAAAUGACGUAAAAGGGGGGUCAACUUUCUUUUUUUCCAACCUCAUAUAAGUUUAAAAAAACUGGUGUUUUCAUAAGCUGUUACACAUAUUUCUAUUGUGUAUUAUUUUUGUAUAUUGGGGUUUAUUUAUUGUGAGUUCAGCUGUUGAUUGUAUGAUGUAUGCAUAUGUAAACAUUUACACUUUUUUUUGCAUAAUUUACGUUUUUUAUUUGUGUAUAAAGCCAAUAUAGGUGCUUUGUAAUGAUCCAGUUUACAUUACACUACAGCAUCCUUGCACUUGUUUUAUGUUGACGUUUUGUACACCUUUUCUUAUUUGUACUAUGUUUGUACUUUUACCUGAAAAUCAGGUGGUCUUUCCAUGUACAUUGAGUUGAAUGAGGCUCCUUGAAUCCUAACAAUUCCCACCUUUUUUUUCAUGUUAGAUUUUGAAACUCAAGGAGCAAUUUAUGGAUUUCUGGGAACUAUUUUAAGAUCAAAUGUUAUAGGUUUUUUAUAUAUUAACAACGAGAUAUUGAAAUAACCAAAGAUGUGCAUAUGUUUAUAUUAUACAGUAAAUACUUUAUUUUGUAUUGAUUGGGGAUGUAUAUAGUUGAGUUUAUAGAAUUUGUAUGACCAUUUUUUGUUCGACAGAGUUUUUGCUUUAAGGUUUCUGAGCAUAACUAUAACAAAUGUUAAUGACAAUUAUUCAAGAUGCCUUUAUAUGCUAAAAUGUAAAAAACGGACCUAAGCCAUUUUAUAAGUGACCAUGAAGCUAUUAAAUGUGUUACAAUGUAUCCACCCUUCAUCAUUUUGUUAUAUUCUUCAACUUCUUCUUCUUCUUCUUAUUAUUUCAGUUGUUCCAUACUUGUUGUUGUCCUCUUACUACUGUACUUCAACAUACUUUCAGAUAUUGAAAACCAUUCAAACAUUAAACUGUUCAGCUCCUUCAGGACAUGUGUAAAUA